GGGAAGGGAAGGGAAGGGAAGGAAAGGAAAGGGGUAUAUUUAAGGGGGAGAAGGCCAGGCCAGUUGAGGAGAGCGGGGCAGAAAAAGAGAGAGAGGGAGAGAAACAUCACAACAUCUAUCAUUGUAUUCUCUUCUCUCUCUCUUUCCACAACCGCGUUGUAUGUGAGAAAAAGAAAGAUCACAGCGGAGAAGGAGAAAAUAGCAAAACCGCGUUGGGCUAAACUUUGUAUCAUUUUUUUUAUUGGCUUUUCCGCAUUGCCCUUAUCUCAUCUCAAGAAACCUUUCUUGUUAUUAAAUUUUUUUUUUUUUCGUUUUCGUUUUCAUGUGGAUUUAGUAUAAGCUUGCUUUAUACACUUUGGUUUCUUGGUACAAUGCUGGGCUUUGGAUUAAACCCCGUCCAUCUGGCGGUUCUUGCUUUUAUUCUUUUCUCCCCCGUGUGUCUCGGGAUUCGUUCUUUUCCGGGGAGAGAUGUCGCCGGCGGUGAUUAUGGGUACGAGGGUUUCUUCCGAUUUGCAGAAGCGCCGGACUAUCGUAACGGAGAGGAGUGUCCGGCGAAGGGCCAUAAAGGGUAUGUGUCGUCGUGUGAUCCGUCACUGGUUCACAUCGCCAUGACUCUUGACUCGGAGUACCUGAGAGGAUCCAUUGCAGCGGUCCAUUCCAUUCUGCGCCACUCUUCUUGCCCAGAGAACGUCUUCUUCCAUUUCAUCGCCGCCGAGUUCGACCCGGCGAGUCCGCGAGUGCUGACUCAACUCGUCCGAUCUACGUUUCCUUCUCUCAACUUCAAGGUCUACAUCUUCAGAGAGGACACUGUAAUCAAUCUCAUCUCCUCUUCCAUUCGCUCAGCGCUCGAGAACCCAUUGAACUACGCUAGAAACUACUUGGGCGAUAUUCUCGAUCCGUGCGUGGAGCGAGUCAUUUACAUUGACUCGGAUCUUGUAGUUGUUGAUGACAUUCGCAAGCUCUGGAACAUCACACUCACUGAGUCGCGAGUCAUUGGUGCGCCAGAGUAUUGCCAUGCCGUCUUUGAAAAGUACUUCACCGAUGAGUUCUGGUCCGACUCGGUUCUGCCAAGGGUCUUUGAUUCGAGAAAACCUUGUUAUUUCAAUACGGGUGUGAUGGUGAUGGAUUUGGUGAGAUGGAGAAAGGGCAAUUACAGGAGGAAGAUCGAGAAUUGGAUGGAAUUGCAGAGGAGGAGGAGGAUCUACGAACUGGGUUCGCUUCCGCCAUUCUUGCUAGUGUUCGCCGGGAAUGUUGAGGCCAUUGAUCACCGGUGGAACCAGCACGGUCUUGGCGGGGACAACGUGAAGGGAAGUUGCAGGCCACUCCACCCAGGCCCUGUGAGUCUGCUGCAUUGGAGCGGUAAAGGAAAGCCAUGGUCGAGGCUGGACGCGAGAAAGCCCUGCCCUGUGGAUCAUCUUUGGGAGCCCUACGAUCUAUACAAACCCCAUAGGAACCACAGAUUGAAUCAUCAACAGAUGCUCCUUUCCGCUUCUUCGUCAACAUUGGUUGGGUAUUCAAAUUACUUCAUUUGAUUCUUGUCAGUUUUUUGUUUUUUUGUAUUUUUGUUUUCUAGAUCCUGGCAGGGAAUUCUUUGAUAGUCGUUUGUACAGAUUGAUUAGAAGAAAUUGGUUGAGCACUGUGGUGGGAGGAGAUUAUUCUUUUGUUGAAUUCUUUUGUUAAAGACUUCAAAAACAUGAUUCAGUUUGUUCAGAGUCCCUCAGUUCCUCUUCUUGGAACAAUUUUGGUCACUUCAUUUCUUUGUAUGUAGCGGAAUUUGGAUGGAUUGGGGAGUUGAAGAGGAAUAAUUGUCAGUUGUUCUUUGUA